CAUCUUCCCACAGAGCACCCAGUAGACAUGAUGAACAUCAAGGCCUUCACCUUGGUCUCUGCAGUGGAGCGGGAGCUGCUGACGGGUGACAAAGAGCACAUCAGCAUUGAGUGUGUGGAGUGCUGUGGCAGGAAUCUCUAUGUCGGCACCAGUGACUGCUUCAUUUACCACUUCCUGCUGGAGGAGAAGGCCAUGCCUACGGGGACAGCCUCCUUCAUCGCCACCAAACAGCUGCACAGACACUUGGGCUUCAAGAAGCCUGUGAACGAGUUGUGUGCAGCCUCAGCUCUCAACAGGCUGCUGGUGCUCUGUGACAACUCCAUAACCCUGGUUAACAUGCUGAACCUGGAGCCAGUCCCCUCAGGAGCCCGCAUCAAAGGGGCUACAACCUUUGCAGUGAACGAAAACCCUGUGAAUGGAGACCCCUUCUGCGUGGAAGUGUGCAUCAUCUCGGUGAAGCGCAGGACCGUCCAAAUGUUUCUGGUGUAUGAGGACCGAGUACAGAUUGUCAAGGAAGUGUCCACUCCAGAGCAGCCUCUUGCCGUGGCUGUGGAUGGCUACUUCUUGUGCCUGGCCCUGACCACACAAUACAUCAUCCUGAACUACAGCACGGGCCUUUCCCAGGACCUGUUUCCCUACUGCAGCGAGGAGAAGCCACCCAUUGUCAAGAGGAUAGGCAGACAGGAGUUCCUGCUGGCUGGCCCGGGAGGCCUGGGCAUGUUUGCCACCGUUGCUGGGAUUUCCCAGCGUGCCCCUGUGCACUGGUCGGAGAAUGUGAUUGGGGCGGCUGUGUGCUUUCCCUAUGUCAUAGCGCUCGAUGACGAAUUCAUCACGGUUCACAGCAUGCUGGAUCAGCAGCAGAAACAGACCCUGCCCUUUAAGGAAGGCCACAUCCUGCAGGACUUUGAAGGAAGAGUGAUUGUUGCCACAAGUAAAGGAGUUUACAUCUUGGUUCCAUUACCUCUGGAAAAACAAAUACAGGAUCUGUUAGCAAGCCGGAGAGUGGAGGAGGCCUUGGUUUUAGCAAAAGGAGCCCGGAGGAACAUUCCAAAAGAGAAAUUUCAGGUAAUGUACAGGAGGAUUCUGCAGCAGGCAGGCUUUAUACAGUUUGCACAACUCCAGUUCCUGGAAGCCAAGGAGCUCUUCAGAAGCAGCCAGCUGGAUGUCCGGGAGCUGAUCUCUCUCUACCCCUUCCUGUUGCCCACCUCCUCUUCCUUCACCCGGUCUCACCCUCCUCUUCAUGAGUAUGCAGACCUGAACCAGCUGACCCAAGGCGACCAGGAGAAGAUGGCCAAGUGCAAGCGCUUCCUCAUGAGCUACCUGAAUGAAGUCCGCUGCACAGAGGUAGCAAAUGGCUACAAGGAAGACAUAGACACAGCCCUGCUCAAGCUGUACGCAGAGGCUGACCACGACAGCCUCCUGGACCUCUUGGUCACUGAGAACUUCUGCCUGCUGACGGACAGUGCUGCCUGGCUGGAGAAGCACAAAAAGUACUUUGCCCUAGGACUGCUGUAUCAUUACAAUAAACAAGAUGCCUCUGCUGUUCAGUUAUGGGUGAACAUUGUGAAUGGGGACAUCCAGGAUUCCACACGCUCAGACCUGUAUGAAUACAUCGUUGAUUUUCUUACCUACUGCUUAGACCAAGAGCUGGUGUGGACCCAUGCUGACUGGCUGUUGCAGAAAAGUGAGGAGAUUGGAGUUCAAGUUUUCACCAAGAGACCUUUGGACGAGCAGCAGCAGACUCGCUUUAAUCCAGAUGACAUUAUUAGUUGCCUUAAGAAAUACCCUAAAGCCCUGGUUAAAUAUCUGGAGCAUCUUGUUAUCGACAGGAGACUGCAGAAACAAGAGUACCACACCCACCUGGCCAUCCUCUACCUGGAAGAAGUCCUGCGGCAGAGGGUGGCCACUGGCCACAAGGACGUAGAAGCCACUGAGACUCAGGUCAAACUCCGGAGGCUGCUCCAGAAGUCUGACGCUUACCACAUCCACUUGUUGAAAGAGAAGAUCCAGGGUGCUGGCCUGCCCAUGGAGAGCGCCAUCCUCCACGGGAAGCUGGGCGAGCACGAGAAGGCCCUGCACAUCCUGGUACAUGAGAUGGGGGACUUCUCUGCCGCCGAGGACUACUGCCUGUGGGGCUCCGAGGGUCAGGACGCAGGCUGCCGUCAGCGCCUCUUCCACACACUGCUUGCCAUGUACCUCCGCGCAGGCCCCUCUGCCCAUGAGCUGACUGUGGCUGCUGUGGACUUGCUGAACCACCACGCCAGGGAGUUCGAUGCCACCCAGGUCCUCCAGCUGCUGCCUGACACCUGGUCGGUGCAGCUUCUCUGCCCGUUCCUCACAGGGGCUAUGAGGGACAGCAUCCAUGCCCGGAGGACCACACAGGUGGCUCUUGGCCUGGCCAGAUCAGAAAACCUGAUUUACAUGUAUGAUAAGAUGAAGCUGAAGGGAAGCGCAGUCCGGCUCUCGGAGAAAAAGCUGUGCCAGCUCUGCCAGACCCCUUUCGGUGAGCCUGUGUUUGUCAGGUACCCGAACGGAGGGCUUGUGCACACCCACUGUGCUGCCAGCAGACACACGACCCCCAGCACACCCAGCCCUGGUACUCGGACUUGAAAAGCAUGGUUCCAGGCUGCAAAGGGGAUUCUGAGCUCUUUUCCAAACCUGCUUUGUGCCAGCCAGAACAAAGGGAAGGCACCCAGGUGCCAGGGAAGCGCCAUCCCUGUGAAACGAGGGCUCCUCACCACUGAUUGUUCUUUGUGUGAAUGUAAAUGGAAAAGGCCUGAAACCCUGAGAAUCGUGACAGGCCAGAGACUACCCGUCCAGGAGGUCACAGUCAUCCAAAGCACAAGCCAACUUUGAAGAGCAGGCAGUGUAGCCUGGGUGAUCUGGACACAUGUGGGGUCUGGAGAUGAGGGCCACCUAGCUCAGGCGAGUGUCCAGGGUGCAGAGUCCUGAGGUGGGCACCUCGCCUUACGAGGAGGUGUGCUCUUCACAUAGGCUCCGCAUCUGCCCCUAAGGUGGACAUAGUUUCUGUUCUUCCCAUCCAAUUGUCAACCUCAGAAACCCUCUGUCUUGUUCUCUUAAACACUCACUUGGUGUGAAGUCCCAUGCUUCUGACUGCCUAGCACACAGAGAUCUAUGUAGAAACAGAUAAAGCUUGAAGCAGGCGGGGCGGUGAAAUGAUUCAGUGGGUAAAGGCACUUGCCACCAAGCCUGACAACCUGAAUUCAGUCCCCCUCAAGUGGAAGCAGAGAACCAACACACACACACACACACACACACACACACACACACACACACACACACAAAUGUACGGGGAAAAAAAGAGACCUAAGUGGGAAGCUGCUUUGCCCGUCCUCAAGACUGCAACAGAAAGGGGGCCCAGGUUGUGUGAUGGCCCAGGGACAGGUUCGUUUCCAUGCACUCGACUGGAAACACCUUGAUGGGCAUACACGACUACAUGUUUUCAUUUGAAUUCAUACUAUCUGUAGUUUUCUCUCAUUUGGAAUUUCCUCAGUCAUAGUCAUUACAGAUAACUCUUUCCUCAUUAAAAUGUACCUCCUACUGAAUACUUGGGAAAUGCAAAGGGAAAUGUGACGAAUAAAACCGAUGAGCCUUCCAGGAGAGGCUGGCAUUGGCCUCCGCCCUGUAGCCGGCAGCCGGUAGUGCUGCUCGCCCGUUCUUCCCGCAGGUGUGUCUGCAGGACCUUGGGCGGCAGUCUGGCCAGGCCGCCUGAUCUGCCAGCACUUUCUAUGCUUGCCCUGUGCUUUCCUGAACCCUCAAAGGAAAGGUCUCAUCCGUGACCAACUAGACUUGGUGUGUCUGUGUCGUGUCACAGACAAGCUGCAGCUCUUGCCCCUUCACUGCCCUCUUCCAUGUCACCCAGCCAUCCCCAGGACAGACAGCACACCCUCUGCGAUGAUACCUGACAAGAAGCAUCUCCUGGGCUGACAGGAUGGCCCCAGAGCACACACCC